GGCUACGACACCGUGAUCGGUGCAGGAAGCAUAGCAUUAUCUGGUGGGCAGAAACAACGUUUAGCCAUCGCAAGAGCUUUGGCAACUAAGCCAAAGAUUCUUUUGCUUGACGAAGCCACUAGCGCUUUGGAUACAGAAAGCGAAAGAACAGUGCAGGCUGGUUUCCUCUUAUUGCCCUUAGCGAUAAAGUCAAGCCAAGCACUGAAUAAUGCAGCACAUGGAAGAACUACAAUAGUAAUCGCUCAUCGUCUCAGCACUUUGAAGGAUGUAAAGAGGAUUCACGUAAUUGAUGAAGGAAAAGUUAUAGAAUUUGGUAAGCACACUUACUCCUAA